AUGGCGCACGUCGAUCAGCCCUCCCAGGGUGGGCCUAGAAAUACCCCGCCUCGAGAUUCGUAUCCUGCACCAUCCACGACCAAUACUAUCAAUCAAGAAGAGUCUGAGGAUUCAGAAGAGUGGGAAUAUGAGUACUCUACUACCGAGACUGAGACGUACUACGUAACCCUCGACCUGACGACCCCGAACGUGGAGCCCAGACGUCGAGUAAGACGCAACCUGGAACAGGGAGUCCCUGCCGCAAAAUGGAGAAACCAUGGUAUAGCACCGCAAAGGCGCGAUAGACUCCCGUCUCCUAAGAGCUACAGGUAUACUGCAGGUGCGGAUAAAUCAGGGAUGGAAACACCGGCAGGUGAAGCGGACAACUCACAGAAGCCUGUAGAAGAAGGCGACUCCCCACAAGGAAGCCCCAAAAUGGAUGCAUCAUGGGGAAAUGAUGGCAAUGAGGUAAAUGGGGAAAAUGGGGAAAAUGAAGAUCAUGAGGGCGACGAGGGAGAGAAGCCGGUGGAGGAAGAUCCUACUCCAACGCAGGUUCAAAUCCUCGAUUUUCAUAGUGAGAACCCCAUAGUCUCCUACGGCGGUCAUGUCUUCUCUUGCCAAUGGGCAUCAAACGUUGGCACCGAGCUCCUCUUCACCGCGCACGACGACGAAAACCCAUUACCGGUUCUACGUUCUCUUCCAGGAGACGUCGAUCUUCUAGCCGCCAGCUCCUGUCGUCUCAUUCCAAAGUCCGUAACCCUCGAAACGAAACACAGCGCUCGAAGCCGAAUCGCCACCGCUCUCCCAGCCCGUAGCGACGCCCGCGGCAAGGAUCCCACCAUCUCUAUCCCUGUAGGGUUUCAUGCCAGUCAGAAACGGAAGGACCAGGCGCGGUUCCUGGAGAAGUUAAUGAGCAUUAAGCGAGAGAAGGGGGAGGAUGACAAGGUUACGAUCAUUGCGCAGAAGAGAAAUCUGAAUAACAAAUGGAAGGCAAUAUGGCAGAAGAAGAGGCAGACCGAGAGGGCGAGGUUGACGAAGAUUGUGAAGAAGGGGGCGGAUACUCCCUCAGGUAUAGAGGAGGUUGAAAAGGCUAAGGAGAGGCUGGAGGAGAUGGAUAAUGAGGAUGAGAUGAGAAAGCUUCGAGAGCCGGCAGCGGGCCCGACUCUGGUCAAGAAGGCAGGGAGAAAGAAGAAGGGGGCGCCAGAUACGCCUGAGGGGACGAAAACGCGUGCAAAGAGAGGACCUCGUGUUCCGAAGAAGCAGGGAUUGCAGGGGUUACUCGGUCAGGAUGGCAGCUCGGGGGCGAUCGAAGAUACCCCGACGCCAGGUCUCUCGACCCCUACGCCGCGGCGAUCGAGGUAUGCAGAGGCGGACGAGGAGAUGUACGAUGACGAGAUGGAGGAGGGAGAGUUUAACGGAGGGCAGGAAAUGGAAGAUAUGGAAGGAGACGAGGACCUGUACGAUGAUGGCCAGGAUGAUGCCCUGAUGGCUGAUGAGUGA